AUGUAUGCCAUUCGUUCAUCGUCUGCUCUACGCCUAUUCCACUUCUUCUGCUUCGUCAUUAUCCUCUUCUCCUUUACAACUACUGUACAACUUAUCCGUUCAUAUGGUGAUGAAAUAUUGUCUGCAAACAGUACAUCGUGUGAUAAUACCAGCCUAUAUCAUAUAUCCAUCACAAAUGAAACACAUAGAACCUGGUUUCUAAUUAUGGCUGAGGUGCAUCAUCCACCAGCUGUUAUUUUAGUGCAUACAAAAGGUGAUUCUGAAUUGAGUGUCAACUGUUCUGGAUUCCAUACUUCAAAUGCAUUAGAGUAUAGAAAUACAGUUAAUAUUACCAAUGUUAUUCAAUCCUAUGGAUGGAUCUUACACAGGAUUAUGCGUUAUAAUGAUACAGACAAUACUGGAAUAAUUCCAGAAGCUGCUUCAACAUCGACUAAAACAUUCUUGGGAAGUAAUCUGGACUGGAAGUUGACUAAACUCGACGAUUCCAACAAGGAACCAGUGACAAUUGAAUUUCAAGCUCAGCAUUCUUUAGAUAGUCAUGAAAAAAUUAAUGGUGCUAUCAAGUUAAUUUUUCAAGUCUACCAAAAUCCAAUGAAACCGAUAAAGACAUUAUAUUAUGAAAUUGAAAAUUCGUUCACUCUGCUUGCAGAACUUAUAUUAGAUCAAGUUGAUGUUGUUAACGAAGUUCAGAGAUUUGCACCUGUUCUACUCAUAUUUUCAAAUCAUUCCUUGGAGGAUAAUCAAGAUUAUUUAGAACAGAAUGCAGUACAAGUGAAUGCAGAAGAAGGUCCUCUUGGACGAAAUAUACAGUCAACAUUUAUUGAAUUAGGAACACGAAAGUCGAAGACUGACAGUCAUCAAGAAUGGAUAUCACCGAAUGCCUAUUUACAUUUUCCAGCGGCGUUUUGGACGAACAGAGAAGAAAAUAAAGCUCAGGCGGUAAAACUCGGCCCGAGAAGAAUUUUCAACCACAAGGUGAUAAAAACGCGAACUUAUCAUCUAAGCUUACCGUUUGCAUUCUAUGGCAGUAGAUUUGAACAGAUUCAUGCUGAGGCAAACGUUAUGCAUGUAGCAGCACGUGAACAAAUUAUUAAUCUGGGCAGUCCAAAAUCCUCUUACUACAUAGAAACGAAUUAUUCCUCUUGGAAAUUCCUACUGGGUUUGGGUCUUCCAAACAUUAUCGUCACUGAACCACCGAGUGGUACUGGCACCACUUCAAGUAUUGUAGGUGCAUUUUUGGGUGGUAUUGGUAUUAUAUGCGGAAUUAUUACAGGUGUAUACAUUGUACGUCGUGCACGUAUACGUUAUCAUCGAAUUCCAGCGUCGAAUGAAAUCGAUGAAGUUGCUGAAAAUAAUAAUAACAAUAAUAAUAAUAAUAAUAUUGGUGAUCUUAAUACUAAUGGCAGAUAUGUAGAACAAUAUCAAUAUGAGAAACUGGUUCAACCUUUACCAGGAUCAUUAACUCAUGGAGAAAAUUCUCAAAGUAUUCAUCUUUUUAAUCCAGUCAGUCAUUUACAAACAUCUGCCUUGAUGUCAAAUGAUCCACCAGCUUAUGGAUCAUUAUCAUUUAGAUCGGAUCAACCUAAUUAUUGA